UAAAAUAAUACAUCGCGCGGCGGUAUAUCAAUUUCUUAAGAAGCUCUUGAAUGUGACAUCGACUAAUCAUGUCAUUCAGUCGUUGGUGUUGUUUUUUUUUUUUAAUUUUUCAUUAUGGCCGCAAUUUCGUAUUUACGAGCGUUGUCGUCCCCUAGAAUGAAAGGAUAAUCGUCAGCAACACUGAGGUGCAGAUCAGCUGUUGGGUGCUUGGAACAGGGAGGAAGUGAUGCAGGAAAAUGCCCGUGAUGAAGCUCCACUAAAAGGGGGAAGCACAAAGAAAUAGGCUGCUGUAAUUUGUCAGUCUCCCCUAAGUCCUUUUGAAGAGCGACCAGUAAUCGAAGACAAAUUGUUUAAAGACGCUGUCUAGGUUCAGCGAUGUACUGUAUUUUUUUAUUGCGCUGCCAUCGAUGUACAUUUUGAAGUUAUUCUUUUUAGCUGCCUGCUAGCUCGGCAAGCUAAUGUGAGUUAACGCGACGAGUUUGCCUCAAUUUAUUUCUGCCCGUACUUUAAACGUGUAACAUUUUUUUUUGUUUUCUCUGCUAUGUUGGUUUUUAUUUCGCACUAUAGCGCUUUCCAAAAAGCAUUGCAGAUGUCAAGGUCACAAUGAUGGAAAAGCACAGAAAGGGACUGUGAUCUUUGGCUGAUGCCAUCUGAGGCAAUAGUUUGGUUUUUACAAGUGGCAGUACAAGACCUGGAUUGUGGUAUAUUUGGCACAGGCCCGAGGGUAUGUUGAGACAUUUGGACAGGCCAGAGCAGAGGCGUCUAGGUGGUUCCGACGGGGACUGAAGGUGAGGGGGAUCGACAGACAGGUGACCAGGCAGGAAGACAUGGGCCAGUGUGUCACCAAGUGCAAGAAUCCGACGUCCUCGCUCGGUAGCAAGAGUGGCGACAAGGAGAGCGGUUCCAAGUCUCACCACAAGAAAGGCAGCUGCGCGGGUAGCGGCGGAGGCCACAAGGAGGAUCCCGGCGUCCCGAACAGCAGCAGCAAGCCCGGCAACGAGCUGUCGAAUGGCACAAAGGCCCUCGAGGUUACCGUGGAGACGCCCGUUAUUUCGGCGUUAAUGGGAGACUUGCGUAAGGAGGAGAGUCCGGAUAGAGACGGGCUGUCCAUAAAGCACAUCGAGGAGCUGUUUUGUUGCUACAAGGAUGAGCAGGAAGACGCCAUCUUGGAGGAAGGCAUGGAGAGGUUCUGCAAUGACCUGUGUGUGGACCCGGCAGAAUUCCGUGUGCUUGUUCUCGCAUGGAAGUUUCAAGCCGCCACCAUGUGCAAGUUUACAAGGAAGGAGUUUGUUGAGGGCUGCAAGGCAAUCCAGGCAGACAGCCUUGAAGGUAUCUGCUCCCGCUUCCCCUGCAUGCUACUGGAUGCCCAAGGCGAGGAGAACUUCAAGGACCUGUACCGCUUCACCUUCCAGUUUGGCCUGGAUGCAGACGAGGGCCAGCGCUCGCUACAGCGGGACAUUGCCAUUGCACUGUGGCGCCUGGUGUUCACCCAGGACACGCCUCCACUCCUGGAGCACUGGCUGGACUUCCUGGCGGAGAACCCAUCAGGCGUCCGCGGCAUCUCGAGGGACACGUGGAACAUGUUCCUCAACUUCACCCAAGCUAUCGGGCCCGAUCUGAGCAACUACAGCGAGGAUGAGGCCUGGCCUAGCCUCUUUGACACCUUUGUGGAGUGGGAAUUGGAGCGCAGGAAAAAAGAGGAGGUACUCAUGGCUAAAGAUGGAGACGGGAUGCUGACUGAGACGGCGUGUUCUCCUAGCACAGACAGGCUUGAAACAGAGGGCAGUCGUGGAUCACAGACGUGGGGGGGACACUGACCAGCAAAGAAGAUAUGUUCGUAAGGGAGGAAACAUUCAUGUAAACUGCACAUUUUCAACCAUGGGAUGAAUAUUAGUAUUACCAUUACAUCUGGUCAUUUUUCUGUUGGGAUGGGAUUCCUGCAUUGCAGUUUUUGUGUUUUGAAAGGGCUCUAUGAACUGACAUUUUAAGCACUUCUAUUUAAGUUAUUGCUAGAACCCCGCUCCCGAUGUGUGUUUUUUUAAAGGAAAACUGCCCUUUUUGGGAAUUUUGCCCAUCAUCUACAAUCGUUAUGUAAGACAUGAACACACGUCUUUCUCUUUUAUGUGCAGAGAGACUCACCUAUGCCGCCUGCAAAGACCACACCUCCAACAAGCUUUAUGGUUUUAUAUACAUGCAGUUAUGGAUCAUGUAGUACCGGGUGUGUUCUUCAUAGCACGUAAUAACAGUAUUUUGGUCCUUGUAAGGAUUCCUGGACGUUCCUUCCUGGGAGCAUUGAUUUCAUAUAGAAACACCUACUCCUAGCAUUAACUUGGCACAAAAUACACAAACUCAAAAAUAAAAACAUGUACUAAUGCCUAACAUUAGUGGUAGGCAUUGAGAGAGCGAUGUUGACAUGCUGCGGGCAAGUGUGUGGUGAACCUAGUCUAGUAGCAAGCCAGUCUGGUGUGCCAAGGUAUCAGUACCCCAAUAAUGUAGUUUGACCGGCAUAACAAUGUUGAUGACAUUAUAUGUAAAUUGAGCAUUGUUGGCACUUUUUUUUUUUGCAGAAAACUUUAUAGGUGGAAUGUGUUUCCCGUUACGUGCAGUAAUGAGCUGUCUCAUUAGAACGCACAGAAAAUAGAGACAUCCAGUAUGUGUUCAUGUCUCGCAUAAGGAUUGCGGAUUAUGGGCAAAAUUCCAAAAAAGAGCAGUUUUCCUUGAAGUGGCAGGGCUUGUCCAUUUUACUCGCACCUACCUACCAUAACACAACAAUCUUGGCUUGGUUAAAAAAAAAGCCAUAACAUUACUAUUUUAUAAAUUAUUCCUUUUGAUCUGGUCACACUGCUGAUUUGUUUUGUAUCUUGAAGGGGAUGGGGGGAUCCACAAUUAUGGAAAUUUGAUGCUGAUCUGAAUGGGAAUAAUGUGGUUUUAUUGUUUGCUUCUAUUUUGCAGUGCUGUGAGUAUGGAAAUAGUUGCACUAGUAUUGCCUUUACCACUGUUGGCCUGCAGCAACAUGGCAAACAGAUCUAUUCUAUUCCAAGGGCAUUUUAUAUCUGGAGAUACUGUAAAUCAUUUGACGGUUUCAUUUGCAUCCCUACCAAUACCCGCUGAAAAUCCCGUUUUCUUGGUAACUUACCCACCCUUCAAUUCCGGAGAAGUUGUGUUUUGAGUUCCAAGUGAGGUUUUCAGCUUGUUAAAACAGUCUACAAUGUUCCCUGUUGAAAUCUUGAUACCCACAAAUGUCCAUUUCUUUUCAAGAAGCAGCCGAGUGUCUACGACACAAUGAUGCUGCCGUUUGCUUGAAACCCAGAUCUGCUCAAGCGAUGUGUUGGUCAAGAUGCUCAGUCCUGUUACAGUACAUGCAAAGCUUAAAAAAUGUUUACCUCCAGGUGGUCAAGGAUUGACACAGCCUAUACAAAAAAAAAAGUGCACAUGUCACAGUGUUGACUGGUGAUGGCUCCAUCUAAUAAGAUUGCACAAAACUCUUAUGGAUGGCAUGCUAGCUCGCUAUAUUUGCAACACUUGGCACAAAAUUGAUGUCAGCCGCAUUAAUUCCAUUUAAACCUUUCACAGAGUGUAGAUGAAUAGAUUGGGUUGUUGGUGGGUGAAUGAGCGCUAAACCAGUCUGCUAUGAAUCGUGUGGUAAGAGAAUGAACAUAACCUGAUCUAUUUAGUUUACUACGUCCACAACGGUUUUAUUUCAGACCUCAUCUUAUCCUUUUUAUAUGAACUGUAUUGGUUUAUAAUGAAUAAACACAGUGUUGAACUUGUGACUGUUGC